AUGAGUCUUCCAAACGACGCCCCUUCAGUGGGAAGUGUCUUGAGCACUGGUCCUUCAGUCAAACAGCACAUCCAGCCAGCAUGGUGGCGGGAGUCUUCGGUGUAUCAAAUCUAUCCUGCUUCUUUCAAGGACAGUACAGGAUCCGGUCGAGGAGACAUCCCCGGUAUCAUUUCCAAACUUGAUUACAUUGCUCGGCUGGGAGUCGACCUGGUCUGGUUGUCACCAAUCUUGCGAUCUCCACAGGUUGAUAUGGGCUAUGAUAUAUCGGAUUAUCGUGAUAUUGACCCCUUAUACGGCAACAUGAAUGAUCAUGAUCAGCUUAUCAAGGGUCUCCAUGACCGAGGAUUGAAGUAUGUGAUGGAUCUCGUCGUCAAUCACACCAGUGAUCAGCACGAGUGGUUCAAGCAAUCGAGAAGUUCUAAGGAUAACCCUUAUCGGGACUGGUACUACUGGCGUCCUGCUAGAUAUGAUCGCGAGGGAAAUCGUACUCCCCCAAAUAAUUGGGAGGCAGCAUUUUCGGGUUCCGUGUGGGAGUGGGACGAAGCCACUCAGGAAUACUAUCUUCACAUCUUCGCUAAGGAGCAGCCUGACCUGAACUGGGAGAACCCAAAAGUUGUGGAAGCCGUGCACGAAGUCAUUCGGUUUUGGCUCGACAGAGGUGUUGAUGGUUUCCGUAUGGAUGUUAUCAAUUUUAUAUCUAAAGAUCCAGGAUUACCGGACAACAAAAUCACCAAACCAGGGUUCCUGCAAAUGAGUGCGGAGCAUUUUGCAUGUGGUCCAAGACUUCAUGAAUUUCUCCAAGGCAUUGGGAGCAUCUUAAAAGAGUACGGUGCUUUCAGUGUUGGUGAGAUGCCAGGAGUGACUGACACAAAGGAGAUUUUGAAGGGAGUAGGACAGGACCGUGGAGAGUUGGCAAUGGCAUUCCAGUUUGAAAUCGUUGACAUGGAUCAUCAGCCUAAUUCCAAGUGGCUGCCGAGACCAUUUGAUGUUCGAGAACUAAAGCAAAUCGUCAAUAAAUGGCAGAGAUUUAUGCUUGAGAAUGGUGGAUGGAACGCGUUGUACAUGGAAAACCACGAUCAAGGCAGAACAAUCAGCAGGUAUUGUGAUGAAAGUGAAGAAUACAGGAUGAAGAGUUCGAAAUUGAUCGCCAGCCAUCUGGCGUUUCAAUCGGGAACCGUCUUCAUCUAUCAAGGACAAGAGCUUGCACAGAUAAAUGUCCCAAAGGACUGGGGUCUCGAAGAGUAUCAGGAUUUAGAGGUUAUCAAUCAUUGGAAGACGGUGCUGGAAGAAUAUCCCGACGACAAAGAAAAGCAAGCGAUUUUCAAGAAGCAGUAUCGCCUGAUCGGCAGAGACAACGCAAGAACCCCGGUGCAGUGGAAGCCCACAGCUGAAGACUAUGCUGGUUUCUCGCCUGCGCCUACCGAAGGCAAUGCCAAAGGGUCGAAACCAUGGAUGUCGAUCCAUCCAGACUUCAAGAAAUGGAAUGCAGAGACACUGGUUGCGGACGAAAAUUCCUCCUUCCACUACUGGCGCCGUGUGCUUCAACUCCGCAAGACACAUAAAGACAUCUUUGUGUAUGGAGAUUUUGAAAUGCUAGACUUCGAAGACGAGCAUGUUGUGGCAUAUCUUCGAACGGCAGAUGAUGCAGGAAACGGAGGGGAUCGAUCGAGAUGUCUCGUCAUUACACACUUCGGUGGCGAGGAUACUUGGUGGACCGUGCCUGGAAAUGUAAAGGAUAUUCUGUUUGACAACGGAGGACUGAGAGAAGAGGCGAUCGUCUCGGACUUGAGGAACUAUGCAUCGGAAGGUAAGGAGAAUGAGGUGAAAAGGGGGGACAAUGGGCAGUGGGCGAUCAAGUUGCGUCCGUGGGAGGUCGUGAUCGCGCUUUCUUAA